GAGAGCAGGCUGGCGGGAGAGUGAAGUUCCCAAGGGGAGAGCCGGCCGAGGGAGUCAGGCUGGGGAGCGGGGAUGCCGGGAAGUCGCAAGGAGGGAGUGAGGAAGCAGGAGGACAUGACUGAGACGGACCUGGGCUGAUCGGGACUGGAGAGGAAGGGAGGCCUGACCGGCUGCAACCUGUGCGGAGAGGAGAGGAAAAGAUGCUAGAACCACAGGAGAAUGGCUUGAUUGACCUACAAGAUUAUGAGCAUAUAGAAGAUGAAACUUCUCCUCCAUUCCCACCUCCAGCCUCUCCAGGGAGAGAUGAUGGUGAAGGAGCUGAACCUGAGGAAGAGUUAGGGAGAGGAGCACGUGCUCCUGUACCUCCAAAGAGAACAGUUAAAAGGAAUAUACCCAAGCUGAAUGCUGAGAGUUUAAUUUCAGAGAGAGGGCUUCCAGCAUUAAGGCAUGUGUUUGAUAAGGCAAAAUUCAAAGGUAAAGGUCAUGAGGCUGAGGACUUGAAGACACUAAUCAGACACAUGGAGCACUGGGUGCAUAGGCUGUUCCCUAAACUGCAAUUUGAAGAUUUUAUUGACAGAGUUGAAUAUCUGGGAAAUAAAAAGGAAGUUCAGACCUGUUUAAAACAAAUUCGCCUUGAUCUCCCUAUUUUACAUGAAUAUUUUGUUAGCAAUAAAGAUGAAGUAGGGGAAAAUAGUGGCCAUGAUGUAACUGCUACCGAGUUAGAUCCCUUUCUGACAAACUCAUCUGAAAGUGCAAAGUUUGCUUCUGAGUCUAGUAGAAGCCUAACAGAAGAACAACAACAAAGAAUUGAGAGAAAUAAACAACUGGCUUUGGAAAGAAGACAGGCAAAGCUACUGAGUAAUAGUCAGUCCCUAGGAGAUGACUUGUUAAUGAACACACCCAGUACACAGACACCUGAAGAGGGUAGUACAGGUGAGGAGCAAAAGGAGGAAGAAUCAAAUGGAUUUAACAAAGACCUUCUAGACAAUCCACAUAAUGAUGCUGCUGCCAAUACUGUAAAUGAAGAGGAGGAAUUAAAAAUAGAGAAAAUGCAACUGGACCAGUCCUUUUAAAAUAUAUAAUAGUAACUUAAGGCUUCAUCUAGAAAUAUUACUGAGGUUGGAUAGGCUUCAAAUGAGAAAAUCUAUUAACUUGUUAUCUUCCAAAUUUGAGAUG